AUUGGAUUAAUUUGUCACAUAAUUCUCUCCUAAAAUACUAGUAAUUUAAUUGUUAAAUUCUUAUAUAAAUUAAAAUGGUUUUAAUACUAAUUUGAGGUCCCAAUAAUAACACAAUGAGGAUAGAAUGACUAUUCCCUACUGUUGCCAUAUCAUCAGUCGGAUUGAAAUCGAGUACAAUUCACCCUCAAAACCUCCAAGAUGGCUCAUUUACGCCCUUAAGAAUCCUAGGAUUAAGUUAAACUCCUUUGACGAGAAUUUACUCAAACUCUCCAAAAUUGACUAUUUCAACAGUCAUAACGAUGUAAAUUAUGAAGAAUAUGAGAAUAACGCUAGUAUUAAAGAGGAAAACCACUCUAUUGUCGUCAGUAAACAGUAUAACAUAGGAAGUAUCAGUUUAGAAGAUAACUCAGUGGCGUCACCGAAUAGAGAAGAAGAGAUAAAACCAAUGGUACAAAGCCUAAUAACUAAAUCGAUGGCUUAUUACAUAUCAUUGUACGAAGAUACCUCAAAAGAUGAUACGUCAAAUGUUUCCAAAGGCCCCGCUCCUAUUAGUAGGAACUCUGCCUACGAGAUGAUUUCAGGGUUAAGGGAUUGUUUAUCUCAGUUGUAUCAAUGUGACAGUUCGUCAAAUGAGGCUGUUAUAAUUACGUCUGACUAUUCAGGCAUUUUUUCUCACAACGAAAUACUGAUUACUAGAUCAAAUAUAUUGUUUCUACAGGAACUAAAGGCAAAGGAAAUCCAAUACACAACUAUUUACGACGAUAUCGAACCCUUUUACAGAGAUACUUCCUCGUUUAAACCGAAAGAUGAAGAGCUUUCCGAGCUCAUUAAUUCAUACUUAACUAAUACACCAAUCCAAUACUCCAAAUCACCAAAUAGUACUGUUAAUAGAUUAAAGCUUAAAAAAGACGACAAGAGGAUUAGUAAAAUAUACUUGUUAAAGUCUCUGAAGUUACCGUUUUCAGAAGAUUACGACAUCAAUGUGAUUAGGAUAAUUGGGAGAAGAAAUUGCCAGAAACUUUUUAAAAUCCUGGAAAACAACACAUUAAGCUCUCUUGUAAAGUUAAAUCAGCCAGUUAAUGGAGAAAGAUCUGACAUCAUAUGUGUUAAUCUUAUUUUGAGCAAUUUUUCAGUUUUAUACUCUAAGGUAAAUCAGGCCCAUUUUAAGCUUUCUCCAACCGAUGAUAUUUAUAAAAUGUUUAUUAGAGGAGUGAUUUUGCCCUCAAGUUUGAUGAGUUUUUUGAACAUUUUAAAGCUACUAGAGAGUGCUGAGUUAAUUAACAGGCCUACAAUUAGGAUAAAAUACAACUUAGCAUUUGAUGAUCAAAUGUUUGGAAAAACGCUGAGAAUUUCUGAUAGCAAGAUUUACGACCAUUUUCUAGCUAACUUCUUAGAAAUUAAGAAAAAUUACAUAUACUCCUACAAGGCUUUGAAGAAACUAAUUCCGUUCAAAACGUUCACUUUACAAAAUGGAAACAUCUCCAUUACAGAUGAAAAAAUGAUGAUUCAAGCUCUGGAGAAUGAAAAACAGAUGUAUCUGGAGGAUGAGAAACAGUUGUAUUUGGACAACAUUUCGGGUGUUAAGGGAACAAAAUUGGCUGUUUACGAGUCGUCAUCUUCCCCCGAUAUAAUCCUAUUAAAAGAAACUCUUUACUCAAAUUUAUCUAAAAUUAAGUGUUAUUUAAGGCCAAUUCAGGCAUCUAAAAACUUGUUUACAGGUUCCACAAAGUCAUUUCUAGACGAGGCCUUCAAAUCUAUAUCGUUCAACUACUCAAACCAAACACAUUUUAAUACCAAGUUAUACUUGGAUUUAUACCCAAAUCAUACUGAUACUACAAUUAAUGCAGUGGAUACGAAUAACACAGUUGAUAGUGUUAAUAAUAUUAAUACUGUUAAUUCUGUUGACAUGUAUAAUGUUAAUAUUUUGCCUUAUAACUUGGUGAACAUAAUUUGGAUACUGUUGUAUUUGUUACACUGUAGCGGAAAGAUGGAUUUCUGGGACGAAACGUCCCUAGAGAAUGUGAGAAACAAUGAUUUAUUUGCAUUAAAUUUAAAGGAGACACCUAUUAAAGUGACCAAAGAAGUAUAUCAAUUUGUUAUUUCAAAGUCUCUAAACUUUCCUUUGUCACAACAGUCUUACUAUGUUCACCUUGUUAACCGCAUCAACUUUAAUAAGCAGUUUAAAACUACAUUCAAAAUGGAUUUUUUAGAAUAUUUGACUGAGCCAAAAUUUGACUUUAAUUUAUACCAAAGUGAAAAAAUACAAAAUGUUGAAGAGAUUUUACAAACUUCCUCAGGCUGGAAUACCUAUUUCGGCAUGAAAUCUGAUUCAAGCGACAAAAACACCAAUAACACUACUGAUACUAUUCCUGAUAAUAACAACACAGUUGACGCUCUUGAUACAGUUAAUACUACUACUCAAACUGUUACAAUAAAAACAGUUAUCAAUGUGAAUAAUAGUAUUGAGAAAGAGUAUAGUUUUGAAUUGGGAACAGUGUAUUCAUUAUCAAGAAAUGAGGGAAGAGUAUAUGAAUGUAAUUUUGAUCUAAUUCAAGACAAAUUUGAUAAUAUCAACAGUUAUAAUUUGUUGGAUUCAUCUGACAAUUCACUUAAUUAUCCAAAAUCUAGUAAGGGGAAACUCGACUCCCACACCAUAUUGGUCUUGUUGUUUAGUAACGAUCCUUCAGUGGAUGAGUGUGUAAAUCUAAAAGUAAUUCGAAAUGUUCUAAACUCUGACCUGAUCAAGUUUUCAACAAAAACCUUUAAUUAUCAUGAUUUCUCCUUAAAUGUGUUAAAUCGCUCAAACGUUAUUAAGUUUAUGAGCCUUUUUACAGCAAAUGAGUUUCCAGAUGAUUUCACAACUGGACCUAAAAUUUUAACCAAAAACCUCAUUUCAUACUCUAUACUCUCUUCUGAUUUUGAUAUUCAAGAUUUACACAACAUUAAACUCAGGACUAAUAAAACGGAGGUUAAUUUAGUGUGUGUACCAUUGAUUGAGGGUGAUUUUAGCAAGUUUUCAAAGAGUACUGUCAAGAUGAUAAGAUCGUUUAAUGAGUUAAAAACUGAUUAUUUAAACAGUUUUAAUAUGAAUUUCGUUGAUAUUUCUUGGAUUUUUGACUCUUACUUCCAGGGAAUUAUGAACAUAAACUCAAUACCACAAGAGUACUUAAUACACCUACCACAAGAAUAUUACACCCAGUAUUCAGUGGACAAUUUCUCAAUACAAGACUUCAAAGAUGAUAACUCCUCACAGUAUAGACUCACAAUGGAUGAAUUAAAUGACUUCAUGUCGUCCCAAAUUAAUCCUACACAAUUCAAUACUAACUCACAAAUGUUUGGGUUUACACAGCUUAAUACUAAUUAUCAAGUAUGUGGAGAAGGUUAUAUGGAUUUAGACUCUGAAAUUGAUAUGAAUUCACCAUUAGACAAUAUAUCAGUCAGUUUAAGGUUUAAAGAAAAUUAUAAAAAUCUAAAGUAUUUUUGGGGAUGGAAUGUUUAUGUGCUUCGGGAUUCUAAUAGUUCGCAACUAACUAGCCAGGAUUUUGUAUUAUAUCGCAAGUACUGUGGAAUAACAAUGUUUACAUUUGACACUUUGGCUGAAAUUAAGGCCCACAUUGAGGAGACCACAGCUGAGUCUCUUCUUAAGUUUAACAUCACGCCUGAAGACGUUGAAACCUUUUUAUUUCACGAGAAGAUUAUUUUAAAUACGGUUGUCAUUUCAAAUAACGGAUCAACUCCAGAUAAUACAAAUCCGGCAGAUUUAAUAAUAUAUCCCGCAAUCAAAAGCAAAACCAUAUGUCUUGGGUCAUACCCAGGAAUACCAGUACUAACCUAUUCCUGGUUCAUAAAUUUACUCAAUUCAGCUUCCUAAUCUUAAACAUUG